CCUCCCAUCACUCAAGUAGCUCUUCAAGUAUCACUUUCUCACAUAUACUUCACAUCAAAGAAACAACAUUCACUUCAAUCUUCAUUCCUCACACUUCUAUCCCUCAUAAACUCAAAUCUUUGCAACCACUCCUCUGAAUUCUUCAUCAAAACCCCAUCUGAAAGAGAAGAAAGCCCAUAAAUUCUGUCUCUCUCCUGAAACUACAGCAUUCAAUUUCAGCCGUAGUCCCCAGCAUAAUCCAAUCCUUCUCCUAAUCUUCUUACAACCCUAGAAAACAAGAAACGGUAAGAACACAGACACUUAGAGAAGACUUGAAAGGGAAGAGGAGAGAGCUAAUUAAAGGGGAGACAUAUAGAGUUUAAGUUUGCGUACAUGGAGCUAUUUCCAGCCCAACCUGACCUUUCCCUUCAAAUCAGCCCACCAAACAGCAAACCCUCAUCAAGCUGGAGAAGUAGUCAUGAAGAUGAAAUGGAUUUGGGGUUCUGGAAGAGAGCUCUUGACUCAAGAAACUCCUUCUCUUCAAUGGCGAAGCCCCUGAACUUUCCUAAUCCCACAAGGGUUUCAGACCCCAUUAACAGUAGCGUUAGUGUUAGCUCCUCCACUCAUUUUCACCACCUCCUCCACGGCGCCUCCGCCGCUCGUUUCCUCCAUUCUUUCCAGCAAACCCACCAGCCGCCCCACCUUCUCCAUCAAAGUCUCCCCGAAGAAGUCAAUUUCUUGAGGCCUAUCAGAGGAAUUCCAGUGUACCAAAACACUCCAUCUUUUCCAUUUGCUGCUCAUUUAGAUGCAUCAGUGCAAUCUUCUUCUGCAGCAGCUAACCAUAUAAAUACUUCUUCCUCCGCACCUACUUACCAGUCUCAAGGGCUAAUGCGAUCGAGGUUUCUGUCAAGGUUUCCGGGUAAACGGAGCAUGAGGGCUCCCCGGAUGCGGUGGACGACGACACUCCAUGCUCGUUUCGUUCAUGCUGUGGAGCUCUUGGGCGGCCACGAGAGAGCUACACCCAAGUCAGUUCUUGAGCUUAUGGAUGUGAAAGAUCUUACCUUAGCACAUGUUAAAUCCCACUUACAGAUGUAUCGAACGGUGAAAUCAACUGAUAGAGCUGCAGCGAGUUCAGGACAAUCUGACGCGUUCGAAAAUGGGUCGUCGGGGGAUACAUCCGACGAUUUCCUCUUUGACAUUCAGAACUCACACAAGUCUGAAGUACCAUCCCAACAUGGAGCACAAAUUAAUAUGGACAAUGCGAAGGAGUAUCAUGCUCUAUGGAGCAAUUCCUCAAGCAUGGAGGCUUGGUUGCAUAGCAGCCCCAACGACUGCCAAGGAAACACAAAAUCUCUUCAGGCCUGGUUGUGUACAUGCAUGCAGAAGGACAUGGAACCGAAAUGCCUGAGUUCAGAUGUGAGCUCAUCCAGCAUAUCAGAGACAAGCCCUAAGAAGCCUAAUUUGGAGUUCACUCUGGGGAGGCCACAGUGAGAAUCUUUGUUCACUCGGCAGCACUACAGAUUUUGAAUCAUUAUAUGCCUGACAGGGAGCUGGUGAAGAGAAUCAGGUGCCCAUUGGGAGAACCAGAGGGAAAAGGAAAGGGUGAGGAAAAGGAGAAAACAAAGGAAAAAAGAAAGAGAGGUAAAGAAAGACAGGGAGACAAGAAAGACAGAAAGCAUACAAAAAGGGUGUAGUUGUGCUUGCUGUCAAAGUUAUGAGAUUCUAAUCAACUUACUUAUGAUAUCUUUUCCUAAGUAAAUAUUAAACAAAAAAACAAAAAGUUAACUGAUUUUGUAUUAUUGCUAUAAUGCAUGAUCAGUGCUAUUACUAUUACACCUCUUCGUAUAUAUUGUUGUUUCCUUUUC